CGUAAACCCUAGUUUGUGUGGCAGAACAAUCACAAUUCACAAAAUGAGUUCAGGCGAAUUGGGCUGCAUUUACGCCACCUUGAUCCUCCACGAUGAUGGAAUCCCAAUCACCGCGGAGAAGAUCGGCACUUUGUUGAAGGCUGCUAACGUCACCGUUGAAUCUUACUGGCCAAGCCUAUUCGCUAAGCUUGCUCAGAGCAAGAACGUUGAUGAUCUCGUUUUGAACUCCGGCGCUGUUGGUGGUGCCGCCGUUGCCGUAUCUGCACCUACUGCUGGUGGUGGAGCCACAGCAGCAGCCGAACCUGCCGCCGUGGAAAAGAAGGAGGAAGCCAAGGAAGAAAGUGACGAUGACAUGGGCUUUAGUUUGUUUGACUAGGUUUCUCUUUAUAGUUUGUUGUAGCCAGAUUAGGACUCCUUUCAAGGAGUGGCUUAAUCCAAAACUUGUUUUGUUUUAAAAAUUGUUUAUCUAAGUGAGUUUUAGCAAUCUA